UCGCAUGUACAGCUAUGGAAAUCCCUCCGUUUUUAUUUCGAGAAACUGGGCCUGCUGCUUUGGUCUCCUCUGACUGUGAUUUUGCGCCUUUACCCUACAGACAGAGGCAUAAUCACAUUGGCUACAUUUACACAGGGGCAUACAGCAUCACUCUAAUACAAUGGAAGCUUGUGGAGACUGCCACUGCAAUACAAUACAAGGCAGUAAGUCUGAAGGUUUGCGCGAGAUUUCUUCAGCUACCUGAUCACAGAAAGUAUCAUACUCUUUAAGCAAUAUGGAAAACAAUCAAAGUCAAGACACAGAGGAAAAUCCAUACCUUUGUUUUCAGAGAACCCCAUCUCUCCGUCGCAAAUGGCGUAAACGCUACGGAGGACUGGAUGGCAACAAACUCCUGGAGCCCAACAAGGAGGAGGACAUGCGAGAAAAUGGUGGAAUAACAGAUGCCCACUUGGACAGGAACUUGACCCCUGUGAAGGGAGAUGAAAGCCAGGAAGCACCUCUGCCAGGAAAUAUUCCACAUCCGUUGCCAAGGAAUUCGUUUCCAUCUCAGAGACCUGUCAGCUUUGUCAGCCCAGGAUCAGCAGGCUCACCAUCUUUCAUUGGGAAUGGCAGCCAGAAGCCCCCCUUGCCCCAAGGUGACCAUGAGAGACAGGCCCCCCAAGCCUGGCACAGCGCUGGCAGACCGGAUGCCCAGCAAGGGCAACUUAAGCGCAAAGGGGCGGCUGAUGUCCUCUUUGACAGUUUUGCCUCCAAUGGAAGAGUGAACACAAAUCACUUUUUUGAGCCUAUGUGGACUUCUGGAGUCCAGAGAUCAGACGCCAGGAUUAAAGACUGCUACAUACUGAUGAGAAAGCUACAGGACUCAGACGGAACCGUUGACAGGAACACCUUUCAGAGGUGCGUGACAGGCUUUGUAUCGUUCAUCCUGAAAGCACUACAAGGGAGAUUUGUCAUCCCCGACUUUUUCACAUUCACAGAGGAAACACAGAAGCUCUUUGUAAAAUGCAAACAGCUUUCAUCUGUGAAGCAGGAGAAAGACGCAGGAGGGGAGGACUCUGGAAAAUGGGGAGUGUCACUGUGUACAGUGGAUGGACAGAGGCUGUCGCUAGGAGACUGGUCAGAACCCUGUGUUCUGCGGGAGAUAUCAUGGCCCUUGGUUUACAGCCUUGCGGUGGACCAGCUUGGCUCAGACUGUGUGCACAGAUACGUUGGUGUUGAGGAGUUCUCAAAGUUUGACUCGCCCUUUACCCUGACCAAACAAGGAGUACCACACAGUCCUCUGACAGAGACAGGUGCCAUCAUUUGCACAUCCUUGCUGCAGUUGACCGUGAGACCUGGCCCUGAAGAGGAGGAGAAGUAUGAGUCUGUCUUGAAUGUCAUCAGGAGAUUAUGCAAUAAAGAACAUGCAAACUUAAACUGCACAAGUCAUCAGAAUCUGAGAAAGGACAGUAUUCGACUCCAUGCAUUAUCUUUCUACCUUCAAGAAAUGAAAUGCUUUCCAGAGUCUGUGGACAUUAAUGCUACCCUGGAUCUAAUGUUACAAUGUUCAUCAACAGAGGUCACUUGUGAGUCAGGAGCCGCCUUGGCUGCCACAUUUGCCAAUGGGGGCCUUUGUCCACUGUCAGGGGACCAGGUCCUGUCGCCUUCAGCAGUACGCAAUAGUUUGUCCAUGAUGCAGGUGGCUGGGAUGAAUGACUACUCCCGGAUAUUCCAUUUCAAGACUUCUGUUCCAGCGAAAUCCAGCAGGUCUGGUGCCGUGUUGAUAGUGGUGCCCGGCGUUCUCGGCCUCAUGGCCUGGUCACCUGAACUAGAUACCUUUGGAAAUGCCUGGAAGGCUGUGCAUUUCUGUGAGGAACUAGUCUCGUCCUUCCAAUUGCAUAGUUUUGACAUCAGGACUCCUUUCAGACAAGUGUUGUCAUACCGUCAGUGGAAAGUGGAAUCUGAGGGUUAUCAAAUAAUGAACAUUCUGCUGGCUACCUUCCGAGGAGACCUACCAUCCCUGCGCAGGUACUUCCUGUCUGGGGCAGACAUGAAUGCGGUGGAUUAUGACGGGAGGUCAGCCCUGCAUGUGGCAGCCUCUGAAGGCCACUUGGAGGUCAUCAAAUUCCUGAUGGAGAACACAGGGGCUAGUGGUUUGGUCAAAGACAGGUGGGGCAACACAGCAAUACAGGAAGCUGUGAGAUGUAACCAGAAACAAGCUGCUCAGCUUCUCAAGACAUACUCAGAGCAGAGAGAGACCUCAUGACCACAGAGACUCAGAGCAGAGAGAGACCUCAUGACCACAGAGACUCAGAGCAGAGAGAGACCUCAUGACCACAGAGACUCAGAGCAGAGAGAGACCUCAUGACCACAGAGACUAAAUCUGGAUGUCAACAGACAUGCUUGUGAAAACCCACGGAAUGCACCAGAAUUAUGCACAACACACCUCAAAAAACACACCUCGAAAAACACACUAUGGAAAAGGGUCUUGGUGGGGAAUGGAUGUACAGAUUUCGGAACAGAUUGGUCAUCUCACACAAGAAAAUACAAACUUGCAUGCUUUAGAGGCCUAAGAAGAAUUAAACAAUACUACAUACUUGAGAUCAGUUUGAACAGUUACUUAAUUUAGGCCGGUGCGGUAACAAAAUCAAAGUGUCAAAAAGGUAUUUCAGUUGCCAAAAAUCAUCAGUGGUUGUACCGGUACAUAAAGUGAAAGUGAUCUCAACAUCUGGCAGAAUUGUUGGAGGUUGCCUUUUUGGUUUCAUCCCUUUUGAUGUAGUGGCUGUUCCUACUUCCAUAGAAGAGCAAAGCCAGAAAAUCAGCCAGAAAGGAAUAAUAGCAAGUUGCUUUGUGUAACCCAGCCUCAAAUGUACACACGAUGCAAUUACAAUAUUUUGGUACCAUUCACAGUAAUGUACACUUGCAUAGUUUCAGGAUUUUCACGAUGCCUUUUAUUACAAAGAAGUGUUCGGAUGACACGUCAGUAGUGCCAGAUUAGUGUUAACUGCUGAGGUCAUUGUGUUAUUUAACCCCACAUUAUACAUGCCUAUUCACAUUAUUUCUGCCUUUUAUGAUUUGAAUUUAUGUUUUUUUAUUGUAUAAAAUUGUCAUUACUUUCUCUAGCUCUCCCUCUACACUGUAUGUUUAUGUAUGUGUGUUCAUUAGCCUCAGGUUUUUAAGAGACUUGCAUUAUAUUCCAAUACAUUUCUGUAAAGACAUUUUUAAAGUAGGCCAUUUUGUAUCCACUCGUUGUCUUUAUAUUUUGUCAAUUCUGAAUAUCAACAGUGUCAUUACUUGUGGGACAGGACGCAACUUAAUGCUGCAGUUUAUAAGGUGCAACUUAAUGCAUGCAGUUUAUAAGGUGAAAGAUGCAUUUUGCAAGGAAGUGUCCACAGUUCUAGUUCUUUCUCUCUGUCUUUAUCACAAAUGCACCAAUUUGAAGUGCCAUUAGUGUCAUUGAGGUAUCAAGUGACAGACCCUAAAUAUGUGAAUGGCUUUAUGUUUCACAAAUAUGAACCCAUCAAUAUUCAAUUAUAAAGAAAUUUGAUUAAUA